AUGGACGCCUCCUCCCUCCGCAUCUCCAAGUUCGAUGGAACUAACUUCCACGCCUGGAAGUUCAAGAUGCAGAUGGUGCUGGAGGAACGGGACCUAUGGGAGGUCGUCAGCGGUGAGAUCAAGGCGGAACAGUGCGAGACUCAGUUGGACCAAGCGACGUACAAGAGGAAGUCAAGAAAGGCGAUGGCAGUGAUCUGUCUAGCCAUGGAAGAUUCCCAGCUACCGUUGGUCCGGUCGGCAAGUGGUGCAUGCGACGCAUGGUCAAGGUUGGAAGACCACUUCGAGAAGAAGAGUCUUGCCAACAAGCUGUUCUUGCGCCGUCGCUUCUUCACGACAAUGAUGGAAGAAGGCGACGAUGUGCUCGAACACAUCAACAAGCUCAAGACGCUGGCGGAACAGCUAGAAGCGGUGGGGGCUCCAGUCUGCGAGGACGAUCUGGUGAUCACACUCCUCGGCAGCCUGAGUGACUCGUAUCAAUUCUUGAUCACAGCUUUGGAGUCGCGCUCAGACACUCUUAGCUGGGAGCUCGUGACGUCUCGACUGCUUCAUGAAGAAAUGAAGCGGAAGGAGCAAGGAAGUAAAGGUGAUGAAGCUUCGCAAGGUCAAGCGUUCAUCACAAGGGACAAUCAGCGCAAAGGGCGACCAGUGAAGAAGUCCUGGCCGUGCCACAAUUGCGGAAAGAUUGGUCACUGGAUGGCGGAGUGCCCCUCGCGCAUCCAAGAAAACACGGAGAGACACCGGCCACAGCGUGCUCAAGACAGCGGCGACCGCUAUCGAUCACAACGUGCAAACGUCGCUCAAGAAGAAGACUCGGGCGACUACCUCUUUUCGAUCGGUGAAACGACAUCUGCGAAAUCGAGCGACAUCUGGCUGGUCGACUCCGGGGCGACGCAGCACAUGACGUGCUCCAAGAAGUUCAUGCGGAACUACAAGGGGUUUGACGCUGUGGAUGUCCAUCUCGCGGAUGAUGGAAUCGUCCAAGCAAUCGGCAGUGGGGACAUUGUCAUGUCGAUGAAGACACCCCAAGGGAUGAAGAAAGGUGUGCUCACAAACGUGUGGCACAUCCCAAAGUUAUCCAGAAACCUGUUCUCGGUCGGCCGCUUCACCAAGGAUGUCGGCCCAGUGACGUUCACGAAGGAUGGGUGCUAUGGAGAAGCGAAAGGGACCAAGUGGAAAAUUGGUGCCCGUGAAGGUAAAGGACUGUUCAAGCUGCAAAUGACUCCAGUGGCGCCGGAACAAGCAAAUGCAGCCAAGUCGUCGGGAUGUCAAGGGGGCACCAAGUCGUACCCUCUGGCACCUUCGGCUUGGCCACAUAGGUCACGAUGGACUCAAUUGCAUCGUGACGAAGAACAUUGGAAUUGGCAUCGACAUAUCUUCGGUGAAGAAGUGGGACGUGUGUGA